AUGAAACUAGUGGCUGGAGUCAGAGUAGAGCGUGAAGGGAACCGGCCUUGGCAGGCGUGCGUACAACCCGGCGGGAUCGCGCUGCCGAGCACAGCUAACUGGACUCUCCGACGGGCCCCAAUCUCGAGGCUGCAUCAGCUGGGGUUCCGAACCCGACCAGACGGAGCCCGAGUCCCAGCACCUGAGGGGAUAGACCUGCAGACCAGUGGGACCCCGAAACUUGAACCCACGCGAUGUACAAUACGGUGUGGAGUAUGGACCGCGAUGACGCAGACUGGAGGGAGGUGAUGAUGCCCUAUUCGACAGAACUGAUAUUUUAUAUUGAAAUGGAUCCUCCAGCUCUUCCACCAAAGCCACCUAAGCCAAUGACUUCAGCUGUUACAAAUGGAAUGAAGGAUAGUUCUGUUUCUCUUCAGGAUGCGGAAUGGUACUGGGGGGACAUUUCAAGGGAGGAGGUAAAUGACAAAUUACGGGACAUGCCAGAUGGUACCUUCUUGGUCAGAGAUGCCUCAACAAAAAUGCAGGGAGAUUAUACUCUGACUUUGCGGAAGGGAGGCAAUAAUAAGUUAAUAAAGAUCUAUCAUCGAGAUGGUAAAUAUGGCUUUUCUGAUCCUCUGACAUUUAAUUCCGUGGUGGAGCUCAUUAACCACUAUCAUCAUGAAUCUCUUGCUCAGUACAAUCCCAAACUUGAUGUGAAGCUGAUGUACCCAGUGUCCAAAUACCAACAGGAUCAGUUGGUAAAAGAAGAUAAUAUUGAUGCAGUAGGUAAAAAACUACAGGAGUACCACUCUCAGUAUCAGGAAAAGAGUAAAGAAUAUGACAGGCUAUAUGAAGAAUAUACCAGAACAUCCCAGGAAAUACAGAUGAAGCGGACUGCAAUUGAAGCUUUUAAUGAAACAAUUAAAAUAUUUGAGGAGCAGUGUCACACACAGGAACAGUAUCGCAAAGAAUACAUUGAGCGAUUUCGUAGAGAGGGGAAUGAAAAGGAAAUUGAACGAAUUAUGAUGAAUUACGACAAAUUGAAAUCACGGCUGGGAGAGAUUCAUGAUAGCAAAAUGCGUCUAGAGCAGGAUUUGAAGAAACAAGCUUUGGACAACCGGGAAAUAGAUAAAAAAAUGAACAGUAUCAAACCUGACUUGAUCCAGCUACGCAAGAUCCGCGAUCAACACCUUGUAUGGCUCAAUCACAAAGGAGUGAGACAAAAGCGCCUGAAUGCCUGGCUGGGGAUCAAGAAUGAGGAUGCUGAUGAGACCUAUUUUAUCAAUGAGGAAGAUGAAAACCUGCCUCAUUACGAUGAGAAAACCUGGUUUGUUGAGGAUAUCAAUCGAGUACAAGCAGAGGACUUGCUUUAUGGAAAACCUGAUGGUGCAUUCUUAAUUCGUGAGAGUAGCAAGAAGGGAUGUUAUGCCUGCUCUGUGGUUGCCGAUGGGGAAGUGAAGCACUGUGUGAUCUACAGCACGGCGCGGGGCUAUGGCUUUGCAGAGCCCUACAACCUGUAUGGCUCACUGAAGGAGCUGGUGCUGCAUUACCAGCAGACGUCCCUCGUUCAGCACAACGACUCCCUCAACGUCAGGCUCGCCUACCCUGUCCAUGCACAGAUGCCCUCGCUCUGCAGAUAAAGAGGGAGUGGGAAGAGAGGCGACUCUCUAGCAUUUUUUCUACAGUUUUUAUUAGACUACGAGGGCAUUCUUUCUACGUAGACUGCUUGUUUUGCACAAGAAGUGAUUCUGUGAAUGUGGAGAGGCCAAGCAGCAGCCGGCCAGGAUGGAGGCAUGAGGGGCCUGAGGUUCUUUGGGACUCCCUCUGCCGCUGCACUGGCAUGGGAAGCUGGAAGCAGAUGUUUUUGGGAAGUCUGUUUCAUUGGGAUUUUUGUUUUAUUUAGCCAGGCACCCUCAACAGAACACAUUAGGCUGGGGGGGCAGGGGUUGUAUCCGGAAGCUUCUGAAGAGUCCAUGUCCUCUUUUGGUCUUCAACUCUGAGAGUGUGGCAGGGGCAUGGCUCUGUGGGGAGUUCAGUUUUGAUCUGGCAGUCUCUUUUAACUUCCAAGAGAAGGUUGUUUUGGCUUGUGGUAGAAUGGCAUUUGGUGAAAAAGACAACCAAAGGAAAAUGGGGAGGCUUGUGACUUCAUCUAUGGACUCUUAGUCAAGAAAGAAAAAACCUUCAACUGAAGGUACUGUAUUUCCUAACCAACAUAACAGGCAUCGACAUUUCAUAGCUCUUCCCUCUAAAGCAGCAUUGUUUAGAAACCAAAUUGAUCCCAGCAAAACAAUGUUACAGGACUAAGGUCUGAUGGAAGAAGGCAGUGCUCGUGUCUGAAUGCAUACUGUACCAAAACUUGAAAAUGAAAGGAAAACUAGAAUUUAUUAGUUUUAGUGAACACUAAAAUGAGUCAGUGUAACUCCUCUGCCCUGCCCUUGUUUCUCAGAGAUGAGAAUAGUGUUCUUUUUUGUGGGCAUGGUGAGCUUUGAAUCAUAAAAUGAAGUUGGUGCUUGUGUGGUGUUUCCUUAGCCUAAAGAAUGGUCUGUUGUUUGAAACCUUUGUAACUUGUUUGUAUGAGUAAAGAAAAGGUGCAAUCCAGUGCUUUUAGAUGGCUUGAUAUACCAAAUAAUGAUAUAGGACGACAUUCUUACAUGUGCUUCCUCAGUGAACAUGGUUUGAUUACUCAUCUUCUGUCCUUUGCUGGUUAGGGCUUCAGGGGUCAUACAUAGGCUGCUAAGGCUGUGGCAGGAAGGGGGCCAGAUUGUGGUCAGGGACCUCAGUAAAUCACAGACGUGGGGGCUCUGGCGUCCAGGGCAGGGGUCAUCCCACAUUACCCAUGUGCUUCCAUACAGUGCUUUCUGAAACUUUUGUAAGGAGAGAAAAGGACAGUUUGGAGUUUAGACUGUUAGGAGAGACCAUCUGGAAGCUUUUCUCUUUGCCUUUUUUGUGAUCCUGCCAUUAAGAUGAUGUGCACAGACUGUCCUGAUUAUAGGCCAGGAUCUUCUGCUCUAUGUGGUUUAAGCCUUCCAGCUGAGUGAAGCUAGACGAAUGGAGUCGGAGACAGGCGUCUCCUACUCCCAUUAUGCCCCAUCCCCAUCAGUCAACACUCAUUUGACAAAUAGAGUUCAGCUGCCUCUGAGCCAAUUCUGGAACCAUAAUAGGCUCAGAGUGACUCAGCUGUUUGAGCCCCAAGCUGUGCAGCCAGGCGUCCUGGCUGAGCUGGACAUGAAGCCAAUAUUUGGGUCUUGAUAUAUCUGGGCUUACAGCUAGGAAAGCUCUAGUUGGGGGAUGAAAGAAACAAAUAUUGCUUUCCCUGAGCACUUUUGUUGGUGACAGGGUCUAGAAUGGACCAUGAUGUGGAAACUACACAGAUAAGAAGUUUUGUAAAAACCUUCAGUUACUAACAGUGAAGAUAGGAAGGAAAGAUCAUCACAUCUUUGGCUUUUCUUUGGUUAUGUUGCAGUUUCAGGAUUGGAUGAGACAGAUGAAUGAACCCUGCCCCCCCUUAGUGUCACUGUUCUGACUUAAGCCCUAAACUGAUAGUCAGUGAGCUGCACAUCCAUUCCCCAAAUUGCCAGAUUGAAAUCUUUCUGAAAGUUUCACUGAGUAAUGUCAGGCUAACUGCUGCUAGGCACACCCGAAUAGCCUUGCACCUGGUUGUUGAACUUAUGCAGUUGGAUGCUCAAGAUUGGGCGUAAGGAGUCCCUCCUUUCUGGUACUAAAAUUUAGUGCUAUGAAAGUCUUAAAUGAAAAUGGGAAUAAGGAUAGACACCUGUAGUGCUGUGUGUUGCUUUUCGUCAGGUAGAUACUAAGGGUGUGCAGGGAGAGCGCAUCAUCCAUUAGCUACACUUGGGCUGGCUUGUGGAGAAGGGCUGCUCUAUUUUAGUUCUACAUUCCUUCAUUUUUUCUUUCCUGUUUUUCAUUCUUGAAUCUGUUGCUUUGUGGGGACUAGACCUAGGGAUCAUUUGAGAAAUUAUAAAGUGAGUAGUUGCCAUGAUUUGCUUGACCCCGAGUCGGUGGAAAUGGCAUAGGGACCAGUCUGCUAGCCACUUGGAGGGGCAAUACGCUGCUCCUUCCACCAUGCUCUUGGCAGCAAGUCUUGGCUUUCAUUUGAGUCUUGUUCUUUGUUCUGUCCCAUACCUGACAUCUCUCGCAUGACAUCUUAACUGCAGCUUCACUGAGGCAGAUGGUAAAGAGAGACAACAAGACCAGAGGGGCCCAUUGUUCCCUUGGCUACAGAAACCAGCUACCAACAUGGAAGCAGCUUGGGGCUGGCUGGACACAGGUCUUAGGCUGUCUAUUCCAGGUGGGGCUUUUAUCACAGAACAAUGCUGUCUCCACCUGGCUGUAGUUGCUAAACCUUGGCCUCAGGCCUGUUCAGGGUAGCUAUGUCCUUGACCACUUAUUGGCCAAGGUUGAGGACUUCCUAAUAACUUUUCUACCCCAUCUCAUCUCCAAGCCCUGUUGGGACCUCCCACUUAUUUUAGGCUUCACGUGGUAUGAAGAAACUUUUUUGACAGCCAGUGUGGUAUCUCUUCUUCUUGCUGCAAGGAACCAGCCUUCUGGGUUCCCUUGGGCCAAGAGUUGGAUCUAGGCAAUUCCUGGUUUUCAAGGUGGUCUCUGUUGCCAGUUAAGACUCAAAUAGUCUUCUGUGAGGUUUUAGGGGCCUCAGAGGGUCCAAAUGGGGGUCUGGCUGGGCCCUCUGCCGUCAACUGCUCAGCCUUGCUCCAGCUCCAGCCACUUGUGACAACCCUGUGUCCUUACGAAUUCCAGCAUGUCACUUUGGUGCCCUGUUGUUACUUGUGAAAAACCUGUUCUGUCGUCUUCGUUGUAGUCAAAAAAUUUCAUGUAGUUUACGUAAAAAUAUCUGAUUCACAAGGAAGCCAACUAUAUGUCUUGUGUUGGGACUUCACAAUGUAGUUCCUAGACCACUUUUGCAAAUUGUUCUUGUCGCCAGAUGUGUUCAGACAUUGCUGUGCAGUUGUAGGGGAGGGUGGGGGGAAGGUGGGGGAGAUACUUUGGUCUUUUUGUUUUUUACCUUCCCCAAGAGGGGACAGUCUGGCCAACUUCUCCAGUAAUGCAAUAAAGACAUUGCAAUAAA